CAGACACGCACAUACAUACACACACAGGCACUCACACACACACACAGACGCACGCACACGCGCGUACACAGACACACACAGGCAGUCUCGCCAACCCAUGGGCUGAAUCUGCUGUUUACCCCUCUGGACCCCUGCUGCUCCACUUGGCUCUGAAAAGGGGAGCAGCUUCAUAAGCUUCAGGUUCGUUUCUCUCACUGUCACUGUCAUCCAUCAAAUGGAACACAGCAAAUUCCAGCCUUUCGGGACCCCAGGGGUUCCUGGUUAUUUUUUAUUUUAUCUCAGGUCUUAACACACGGUCACCGUUUAAAGAGGUCAUCCCAGAUCUUCAAUUAAUUUUCAGGUAAUCAGUCGCUUCACAGAGAAGUACUUUUCAGACCUUACAUGGACUUUAUAGCUGUCAAGAAAAAAAAAAAGUUUUUUCUAGCUGGAUUUUUUUAAAGCACAGAUUAUUAAGACCUGUGAAUGAUUUGGACCUCUGAGAGAGGUAACAGAGAGACAUACCGAUUAUUUUUGAAGGCCAACCAGCGUGGACAAUGAGUGGGGGAAUAAAGGGGAUGCGGGUAUAAAAAUGGGGAAGUUAGGUAUCCUUUGGGCCACACGAAGAGCUGGAAGAGACUGGAGACUUCUGCGACCGCAAUGCGACGUCGUCUUACCUGACCGCUCGAUCAGUAUAUUUGCGCACACUCUGUGGUUUUGGAGAUGGGAGGGUGGUGCUACUGGUGCUCUACGCAAGCCAGAAACGAAGCUUGUCAACUGUGGUUUUGGACGAGACAUCGCGUGUAUUACAUGCCCGCUAUAUCGGCUUUGUAUCUGAGAGCUCUUGCGAAGGGGAACUGUGGCGACGAGCUUCAGAGCUGCAGGACUUUUGUUCAGCGGAGUGGUGAUGAAUGUAAGAACGCUACAAAAAUAUCCCUGCGAUUGUGUUUUUUAAUAUAUUGCAUUCACACCACUUCUACUCAGCACCUUGCGUUUUUCCCCAAACAAAAAUGAACGUAAAUUAAAAUUUUACUUCAAAUGGGGGGCCUGGUCUCUCAAACAGAAAUUUCAUUGGUUGUAGGAAAUGUAUUUGUAACAGCAGUUAAAGCUACAAGUUCAUUUUUUUCUUUUUUUUUUCUUAAACGAGUAGCAUUUUGUAUGUUGAUAUUCCAUACAGUCUUGUACAGAAUUCUAAAGCUUUUUUUUUUAGAUUUUUUUUUUUCUCUUACGGACUUACACUUUGUAAAGAAUUGGAUUCUUAUAUCGUUUCUUGCUGACGGAGCAUGUGUUGUAUUUAGGAUAAAUGCCUGUGAGUGCUGAAUUUUAUUUUGCUUCUCCAAAUGAAAGGGACGAGUUUUUCUUAGUUCAGAUUUAACAUCACCUGAUUAUUUAAAACAAACGCUUUGUAAAUUUUGAAGCAAAAACGGAGUGUAUAACAAACGCAUUGUAUAUUAAAGUAUUUGUUUAUUGUAAAACAUACUCAGUCUUUCUCAAUUGUCUACUGCCAGUUCCAGUUACUCAGUGUAAUAAUCCAGUUCAUGUCAGCUGAAUACUGAUGAACGCUCAUAAUCGAUGUGCCCGAGGAAACUUCGGGUGGUCUUAUAAUUGCUUAAGGCAAACAGUUCUUAUGAUGAUGGGACAUUCUUUAUUAUUUAUAUCUAUUUUGAAUCAGGAUUCAUUACAUUACAGGCACUUAGCAGACGCUCUUAUCCAGAGCAAUUCGCACAACUUUUACAUAGCAUUAAAUAAUCCAUUCUUUAGCAUAAGAAACUAUAAUGUACAAAUAUUUUUCUAAACAUUUGCAUUUUACUCGUAUGAUCAAAGCUGAAGAAACGAGCAACACUGCGUGAAGAAAUGCAUCCACACAACAAGAAUAAAACUUCAACAGGUAAAGCUUCAUAGCGGACAAAGAUAAGCUCCGCUAAAGCAUGAUGACCGAGACUUGGGUCAUCUUAAUACUCCAAGUAAAAUACUAUCCGUAUACAUGUAAACUCCCCAGGUAUGACCCUCCAAAACUCAUGUAAAUCACAUCACUACGGUUCCGAUAUUAAUAAAAUGAAUUGUUUACACUACUUUUAACAUUUUUCCCUGCAACUGGUUAAAUUUUCUUAAUCCAGGCUUAAUGAACGGACACCUGAAAGCGCUCAUGCUCUUAGGCGGAUGUGUGGUGUGGAUAAAUGUUGGUUUAUGACCACCAGGGGACACCAAAGUAGGCUAAAAUAAAGUUUGACGUACAGUUCAGUGCUGGAACACGUAGGCAUACUAUGAAAGUGCACUUAUUAUUAUUUCUUUAAUUUUAUGUCAGUAGUACACAAGUUGUAGAAUGUCAGCAAUAACUGGAUAUUAAAGUCAAAAACAAAUUAUAAUUCUCUGGUCACAAUGUCACGGUCAUCAAUUAGGUUCCUCAUGUCUGUGGACACUUCGCAUGUACUAGAUGAAUUUACCACGGGAAUGUCAUAGAGAUCGUGAUUCUGAAAUUGUGUAAUCACAGCUAGAGCUCAGAUUGUUCAGGUUUACAGUUCAAACUCGCUGAUGGUAGGUAUGGAUAUUCUGUUAAUUAUGUGAACUUUUUAAUGUAUUUAUUUAUUUAUUUACAUACCUGUUGCAUUUCUGUUCCGAGCUUUCGUCCUAGACGUCUUGUCUGAUCGCAAUUAUAAUGAAAAUGAUUUGCCUAUCGUCCUUUGUAUGCCGUUAUCUCAUAUUCAGCCUGAACAAUACAAGAACAAUACACUUCUCCGCUAAAUCGAUUUGAUUGAUUGAUACAAUUAAUAUAAUAUCCCCGUUAUUUAAAUAAAUAAAUAAAUAAUUCAGUAAACAUAAUUAUUAUUGUGAGGAAAAAAUGGUAGCAACGUUGGUGAUUAUGAUAGUAGCCUAUUUGUAGUAUUAGUAUUAAGUGCAGUCAUUUAAUGAUAGACUAAUCGUAGAUCUUUGUAGUAGUAUUGUUAUUUAUGUUUUUUUUUAAUUCACAUUCACCCAUCACCUCCACGCAAAACUACAAAGCCCCUUCAGUCAAGGCCGGCUUUGUUCACUACGUUUUUCUUGCUUGUGCGCAGCUGCGCGAGGCGAGGAGCAGUAGCGCACUUUUACCUGGCGUAUUGGUCGACAGGUUGUGUUCCGCGUAGACCCCAGUCUGGUUACAGUAAUUUGAAAGUCAGUAAUUCGCUCGGUGAAUAUAAAUUGACAAUCCUGUCUGAAACAUACGGGUAGGGUGGGAUUAUUAUACACGCAGAAGCCUUUCUUUGUGAUGGAUACAAUCCCGUAUAUUUUUUUAGGACAGUGCUGACCUGGUGGAGCUUACCGGCUGUGGAGUGUGCACGAGCGCAGGUUCAGGAUGAUCCCAGUGAAUGAGUUCCGGCAGUUUGCCUCGGACCGGAACCCCCAGUUCAGGGUUCUGAAGCCAUGGUGGGAUGUGUUCACAGAGUACCUAUGCAUUGUCAUGCUCAUGAUUGGUGUAUUUGGCUGCACCUUACAGCUGACGCAGGAUAAAAUUUCCUGUCUCCCGAGCCACCUUGCGGUCUCCUCCCCGGAUAAAAUCGACUGCAGCCACAUAUCAGAACACCAUGACAACGAGAAGAACACGCCAAUUUUUAAAAAUGCAUCACGUGAGCUCUUUGGAAAGAAGAACGACCUGGACAUACACCAGUAUGUCUUCAUCAACCACUACUGCUACGAGAGAGCUGUGCACUGGUACGGUAAAUACUUCCCGUACCUGGUGGUUAUCCACACAAUGAUCUUCAUGGUGGCCAGUAGCUUUUGGUUCAAGUUCCCCGGCACCUCUUCCAAGAUUGAACUCUUCGUCACCAUCCUGGGUAAGUGCUUUGACUCCCCCUGGACCACGCGGGCCCUCAGCGAGGUGUCUGAGGAGCGUGGGGAGGAGAAGAUGGACAUCUGGAGGAGGAACACCAUGUCAAAAUCAGCUGCAGAUGCUUCAUCUCUUGAUGAGGAGACCGCAGGCUUGGUGCGCUCUUCCUCGGUCAAGUCCAAUCAAGAGAAGAAGGCUUUGGAGGCCCCGCAGACGAUCUCUGUUCUGGACAAGAAGGAAGGGGAACAGGCCAAAGCUCUGUUUGAAAAGGUGAAAAAGUUUCGUACUCAUGUGGAGGAGGCUGAUCUGCUCUACCUCAUGUAUGUGCUGCAGACGUCCCUCAAGGUCUUCAAAUUUCUCCUCAUUACCAUCUACAAUUCUGCCCUUGUGUCCAAUAUUGAGAUCGUAGUUCGGUGUUCUGUGCCAGAGGAGCUGACAGGCUAUGAUGUUUAUUGCUGCAACCACGUCAAAGCCCACCUUUUCUCCAAAUUGGCCUACUGCUACAUCUGCUUUGUUGGGGUAUAUGGUGUUUUGUGCAUCUAUACUCUGUACUGGCUCUUCCAUAGGCCACUGAAGGAGUAUUCCUUUGAGAGUGUGCGCCUGGAGACGGGCAUCAAUGACAUUCCAGAUGUCAAGAAUGACUUUGCCUUCCUCCUGCACCUCAGCGACCAGUACGACGCCCUGUACUCCAAGCGCUUUGCCGUUUUCCUAUCGGAGGUCAGCGAGAGCCGGCUGGGGCAGGUCAACCUCAACCACGAGUGGACGGCUAAGAAGCUGCGGCAGAAGCUGUCCCAGAAUGCCAGCAACAGGCUGGAAAUUCACCUGUUCAUGCUCCCGGGGCUGCCGGACACCCUCUUCGAGAUAACCGAGGUGGAGUCCCUCAAACUGGAGCUCCUCAAGGACAUCACCAUCCCGGCCAGCAUCUCCCAGCUCACCUCCCUGCAGGAGCUCUGCCUGAUCCACUGCCCCAUCAAACUGCAGCUGGCUGCUCUGAACAACCUGCGCGACCGCCUUAAGGUCCUGCGGCUCUCCUUCGAGGGGCUGGAGCAGAUCCCCAUGUGGACGUACACCUUGAACGGGCUGGAGGAGCUGCACCUGACGGGCUCCCUAACUCACGAGGUCUCCCGGAACGCCUCCCUCGACACCCUGCGGGGGCUCAAGAACCUGCGGGUGCUGACCCUGCGUUGCCGGCUGGCCAAGAUCCCGGCCAGCGUGUCGGACACCGGCGAGCAGCUGCAGCGGCUGUGCAUCUACAACGAGGGCGUGAAGCUGCAGGCCUUCAGCAGCCUGAAGAAGCUGGGAAACCUCACCUCCCUGGAGCUGGUGGGCUGCGAGCUGGAGCGCAUACCCAGCGCCGUCUUCAGCCUGGCCAACCUGCAGGAGCUGGACAUGAAGGAGAACAAGCUAUCGUCGGUGGAGGAGAUCAUGAGCCUGCAGCACUGCCGCCGCCUGGUCACUCUCAGGCUCUGGCACAACGCCCUCCUGUACGUCCCCGAGCACAUCAGCAAGCUGCGCGCCCUGGAGACCCUGGACCUGAGCUGGAACAAGAUCCGCAAACUCCCCGGCAGGCUCUUCUACUGCACCAAGCUACGGCACCUCGACGUCUCCCACAACGGGCUCAGCUCCCUGCCCCCCGAGGUGGGCAUCCUGCAGAGCCUCCAGUACUUUGCAGCGGCGUCCAACUCCCUGGACUCGCUGCCCGACGAGCUCUUCUCCUGCAAGCGCCUCAAGUCCCUGCUGCUGGGGAACAACAACCUGGCCUCCCUGUCCCCCCGCGUCUCCAGCCUGGCCCAGCUGGUGAGGCUGGAGCUCAAGGGGAACCGCCUGGAGUCCUUGCCCCUGGAAAUCGGGGACUGCCCCGUGCUGAAACUGAGCGGGAUAGUUGUAGAGCAGCACAUCCUGGAAGUCCUGCCCUCGGACGUCAGAGAGCGAAUGAGUGACACCGGAGGGGCAGCAAAGAGGGCUCAAAAUGAGAGACAUGAGACAGAGAGGUCACUGAUAUGAGAGGUCAGCCUGCCAACCAAUUUAAGUAGACACAGGACUGAAUGCCCCGUACAACUCAGCUGUACAAUAGAUGAAGGUGGUGGAAAAAAAUAGGUAGGUAGCUGAAGUUGGUGGAAAAACAGAGGUACAGAAGUCAGAAAAAUGAGUGUUGUUGAUUAAGCAAUUACAAAAGAUACUCCAACGUACCUCUAGGCUAUAAACAUAAGCAAGUUUGUUAUUUUUUAUUUUAUUUUAUUUUAUUUUUUUACAAAAUUAGGAAGUACCUUUAUAGCCACCUUCUACUUCCUGUGUGUGCCUACAUGUGAAUAUGCAUGUAUCAACAUGACCAUCUAUGUAUUGAAUUUCCUGCCAUCUACACGGACAGAAUCACCUUUCUCUGGCUUCUGUUAUCGACACAUGGACACAAGCCUCUCCAUCACGGUUGUAUUUAAAAGCUGAGAAGCAAGGGAACCGUACCAUACGGGCCCAUCAGUCAAGGCAGUUGCUGAAAAAGUGGGUGGCACACAUUGGUUGCCAAAGCAAUACAGGUCCUUAAGUGAGAUGGUUUAUAACUGAAUCAUCGACUACUCUCUGUCAUUUCUGCACUGAUCGUAAAUUGUCAACUGUACACCAGAUCAACUAAAUGUCAUAGCCCCUUGCUGUCGUUGUCUUGCAUUUUGAUCCAGUUUAGCAGGGAUAGUGCAUAACUUGUGAAUAUCUUUCAGUGCCGGAGUGUAGAAAGUUUAGUCUGCAUCCUGAACAUCGUCAUCACAAAAUACAGUACUCUACUUUCUCCUGUCCAGGCAUGCAAAGCCAAAUUUAGAAGCACAUCACCACAUCUGCCAGCUUCCCUUAAACGUGCCACACCAUUCUACGGGAAGCAGCACCGCAUUCUUGUGUGAGGGAUGGGCCAGCACCGUCUUGUUGAACUGGUUGUUCUUGUUCUUUGUCACCAAUUCACAUUCACAACAACCCCCCUUAUCUCCUUGCCCAAAAGCUACUGAUGAUUCAACUGCGCCCCCCCCCCAAGCUAAGCCCUUUCAGCCCUUGUUUGUGUGAAAAGGACCCAAAAAAAAGACUUAAGAAUGGCUGGAGUCAUACGACACCUCCCCAGCCAAACCUUAGCCUCCAGUCUCUACCUCAGUUCUGACAGCAAGCACUACCUUGUUAUAAGACCUUUGUGCGGAAAUCCUUUUUAACAUAUUCAACAUGAUUGUUAAUCGAGACAUUGCACUCAUAAUGGACAUUUUUGUACGGGUAUUUCAGUUUGUUUUACCAAGAUAAUGGCUGAAGGACGAAGGGAGUGCACAUCCUACAGGACAGAAGUACAUAGCAGUGUGAAUGUGGAUACUGUGUUUCCAAAUGCAUACUGCACUAUCGCUUACAAGCAAACUGGUGUAACACAGCAGGCCGCUAAUGUGAAGCUGAGUCAACAAAGGUAAAUGACCAACUGUUGCGUAUAUAUUUAUAAAAAAGCAGAAGUGUAUGUAAGAUAGCUGAGUCAUGCAUUCAAAUCCCAGAAGGGAAGCAUUGUACUGUCAUUGAGCAAAGUGCCUUACAAAAAAACUGCCAGUGGGCUUCAGACGAUGAAAAACUAACUGUGAAUGCGAGCCGCGCCUGUAGAAGUGCAUCUACUGUGAACGUUAUCUGUGAGGGUGAGCUUUUCAUGUCUCACCAUUAUGAGUGAAUUGAAUGUAAGAAAAGAGAUGAGUGCGAAAACAGGGAAUAAAAAUCAUUUAUGCCAGUA